CAUUCCAGGGAGGGAAGGUAGAGUCUGGGAAUGAUGAGAGAGUGCAGAGCCUUCAGGCAGCCCCUCACCAUCAGUGCUGCCUGUGGGAUGGGCCAGCUGGGAGCUGCAUGUCUGAGUGUGCCGAGGUGCUUGGCAGUGGAACCAGUGAUCUCGAUGUCUGCUUGCCUCCAGUGUUUUCCCAGCCCAUGAGUCCUUCUGAGGAGUUUUGAUGUCUCAUGGAGAGCUUUGCAAUCUCUUUCCACUGCCUGUUAUUGAGUCAGGGUGUAGGCCCACAGAAGUGGUUUGUAGAGCUGGGGAUGGAGCAGUGCUGGAAAGCUCCAACACUGAUAUUUGGUGCUGGGUGGAGGUGGUGGAAGGAGACUGGGUGUGGACAGGACUGUCCCUGCUUUUCAAACAUCCAUCUCCUGUUGAUUGGAGAAUCCUGGGGGGUCCCCAAUGAAGGCAAGGAAGGGAGAAGAGCAUACGGAUUUCUCUCGAUGUUGAAUCCUGAUUCUGAAACCUUACAGAGUGUCCAGGAUGACAGGGAAGUUUACACCCAGCCCUGCUGCAGUUGGGUAUUCGCUUAAGCAAUGGAUGUGGUGACUCCUGCCACAGAAAACACAUUUUAAGCCUGGCCUAUUAUUUUAGGGUUGCCUGAAGCCAUGCCCUGUUCAUUAUGAGAAGCCUCUCCCGGAGGGCAAAGGGCCUGGACUCACCGGGUGGAAUGAGACACUCAGCACCCGCUGCCUCAUCUGCCCGUGCUGACGUGUCCUGGCCCCUGGGAACACUUUGGCCUCUAAUAGUGUCACUUGAAAGGGGCCUGGGAGGCUGACUGGGCAUGGCAAGGACAGGGAAAUGAAAAGGCACUUUGCAGUGUCCCCAUUUCUCUAAUUGGGAUGUUUUGCAUGGGAGAUGAGCUUGGUAAACACGUUCCAUGUGCAAAGGUGCUUCUGGGCCCGGGGCUGUGCGGGGCUCUAUAAAAGCCCGUCCGACUGCAGGCUCCUCAUCCACUUCUCCUGCCUUCUCCUCCUCGGUGAACCAGGUCUGCCACCCCCAGCCAUGUCCUGCUACGACCUGUGCCGUCCCUGCGGCCCCACCCCGCUGGCCAACAGCUGCAACGAGCCCUGUGUGAGGCAGUGCCAGGACUCCCGGGUGAUCAUCGAACCCUCGCCCGUGGUGGUGACCCUGCCCGGGCCCAUCCUGAGCUCCUUCCCCCAGAACACCGCCGUGGGAUCCACCACCUCCGCCGCCGUGGGCAGCAUCCUCAGCGAGUCCGGGGUCCCCAUCAACUCCGGGGGCUUUGGCCUGGGUGGCCUUGGUGGCUACGGCCUUGGUGGGCGCUACUGUGGCCGGAGGUGCCUGCCCUGCUAAAGCCGGGCCUGAGCCCAGCGAGUGCCUCGCCCAGGGAGCCCAAAGCCGGACUGAGGAUGGAGCUGCUGGCCAGCGCUUGCCCAGGGCUUUCCUCCUGCUGCCCAGGAGGGAGGCAAAGGUGGCCAGCUGAUGUCUUGUGCUUGUCCUGCUCUCUUCUGCUCCUCGUGAGCCCCUGUUGUCUCUGCCGUGCUGUGCCGGGGGUCCCUCCUGACUCCAGCGCAGCGGGGUCCUGCUCCUGGCGCUCUGCCCGUGGGGGUGGGAGGCAGACGUGUGUCCCACUGCUGGGCAGGGCUGUCUGACUGGGUCCCUGCAGCCCUCCCCGCUUUGUUUCUGUCUUUAAAGCCAUUAAAAUUUUUG